AUGAAUAUAGCGGAAGAUCAAAAACGAUGGGUGGUUAUUGGGAUUGCUUUCAACAAGCUGGUGCCUCAUAUUCGACCAUUUGUAGAACAGUCUUUACAGGCAGGGUACCAGAGCUUGAAGUCCAGCCAUAACAUUCACAGCCAAACUCCACCUGGGAUUCUCAAGAAGCAUCCCAAACAUCUGAAAUAUGAAAACAUCAAUGGUAACAGCAGUCACAAACUCUCCUCUGGAAAGUUUGACUUGUCAAAAUUUGACUAUAAGGUAUCAAGUCAUGUUGACUUUGCCAAACUUUACCUUCAGCCUUUCAUGGCCAAGUUCAAUGCAUUUGAUGGUAAGUGUGAUGGGUCUGCUGUUCUUCUACUACUUGGUGAAGUACCUGUGUUUUCACCUGCAAUACAGUCAUCAGCUAAGACAGUAAGAGAUCAUGUAAGAAAUGAGUGGGCUCACUGUAACUUUACAGACUGGGAUGCAGUGAAGUUUCAGUGCUGUUUUAAGGAGAUGCAGCAACUUGUCCAAUNGGGUCUGCUGUUCUUCUACUGCUUGGUGAAGUACCUGUGUUUUCACCUGCAAUACAGUCAUCAGCUAAGACAGUAAGAGAUCAUGUAAGAAAUGAGUGGGCUCACUGUAACUUUACAGACUGGGAUGCAGUGAAGUUUCAGUGCUGUUUUAAGGAGAUGCAGCAACUUGUCCAAUCCCUGGGCCUGCCCAUAGCAGAUGAAACUAAAAUCCUAUCCGAACUAAGUGACUGGGAGAACAAAGGUAAUUUAAUUUGAUUUUUAAGUAUCUUUUUGUCAAAGUCACAGUUUUGUUGUAAAAACCUAAAUACCCUAGCUCUUUUCCAUUGCUAUUCUCAAAUGAUGAAGGGAGAAGAGUACUUGUCAAAACAAGUACUUUUUCAAAGAAGAAAUUUGUUUUCCGACGGAGCACUUUAAAGUGUUCUUCGUGCGUUCUAGAUCGAAUUGGAAUUUGGAAAUGUCUGUAAUAAACCUCAAUUUACAGGAUAGGAAAGAAAAACUUUUUUACACACAAGGUUCCAUCGCGGAAUGUUAUCAAUUUAUGGAUUUCGGCGUUUUGUCACGUGAUUUAUGCUAUGAAUCACGUGAUAAAACGUCUCGGUAGAUCGCAGGAGCUCGUGAUUUUAAACUCUAGAACGAGUAGCAGCUGUUUUAAGAGUAUAAAGAUAAUUACUACAAGGUCAACCUACCGUAAUUCUGGACUAAAUGAAUCGAAUGAUGAGGUUGAAGACACAAAUGAAGAAACAUUGGAUGAUGAAGCUCAAGAUGAGACAGAAGAGGCGUUUGAAUCGGAUUUAGUAUAGAGCUGAGGAAGGGUGUCCAUUCGUGGAGAGGCCAUGACGCUGUUUCAUAAUGGUUCAGUUGCCAAAUGAGUUAUGGUUCACAAGUCAGAAUUCACCUGUCAUGUUCAAACUAGUUGAAUAUUAGCCCUUUGUUAUAAGCACGUUAUGGAAAGGGUAAAUAUAAAAGUGACACAAAAUGUUCUCCAUAUAAAGUAAAAUGUACAUUUUCGAAAGUACAACGACUUGCGCUUUCUAGAUAAAGUUGUGUAAGAACAAACUGAGACUGCAAACACUUUUAUAUCCCCGCAGAAUGGACGCAUUUUUUUAUAUGCUCUCAAACUGGCAUUGUCGAAGCAGAUUUAAGUGGUCCCUCUGAAUUUUUCUAAAUUUUUAUCAGUAAUCCCCUUUUUUGAGUUUUCAAUUACGAAUGAUCCCUCUUCUGUUCUCCUAAAAACCAGGUGAUCCCCAAAUUCCUCCGAUUCCCCCCCACUCCCCCAAGCGAUAAGUAAUGACUGAUCCCUAAAUACUCAACUGAUUUAUUUUAAGUAACGUUAUUUAAGUCGUUAAAAUGUUCUGUUUACAGGCGUAACGUUCUGUGGAAACUCCCCAGUAGAUCCUUCCCUAUUAAGCUUGGUUCAUAAUGAAGUGUUGCAGCUUUCGUGCAAGUUAGAUCAUUUUUUUUGCCAGUACAAAGAACAGAACGACCUGUUAAAAUCACAGCUCUGCGAGGUGCAGCAAAACCUACAACAGCUGCUACAACUUCCCCACAAAGUUGAACAAGUAGAACACAAGGUGGAAACCUUGGAACAGAAGGUAGAAGAUCUUAGUUGCAGACUAGCGAGACGUCAAGAAAGUGUCAACCCUCCAUCGUUCUUUGGAGCGUUGGACAGAAAUGAGUAUUUUACAGGCCGGAAAAAAGAGUUGGAAUCAUUGGACAAAGCUUUUGAAGAAGUUAAUACUACAGGAGCUGGUACUGGAAGCGGUAAGAGAAAGGCUAAAGUUCAUGGUAUUUGUGGACUCGGAGGCUGUGGGAAGUCGUCUCUUGCUUUCGAAUAUGCUUGGCACAACCUGGAACGUUACUCCGGAGGGGUUUACGUUAUAAAUGGAGAAAGUGACGAACUGUUGCGAGCAUCUUUUCAAGGAAUCCAUGGACAAUUCGUGUUCAAGUCCCAGCCCGACAGGCGUGAAGAAGCGAAACAGUUUGAUCAUCUAAUGACGGAAACUCUUUCUUGGCUUGGCAGUCUGAGGCACAAGUGGCUUUUGCUUGUAGACAACAUGGAUCAAAAGAAACUUAGCUCCUACACACGAAAAAUGUUUUUGGGCCAGUGGAAAAAUAAAACUUUAGGGGACAUUCUUGUCACUUCUCGUAGAAGUCCUCAAGCGUUGUGUGAGGACCUAGAUCUUCGUCCUGAAAACUGUCUUGAGCUGGAGGCUUUUUCUGUCGACGAAUCUAUUGAAUUCCUAAAGAAACGCACCGGAUUAGCAUCCGCUUUUGAAAGUCAAGAGGAAGGAGUGAAAGAACUUGCUCAGGAGCUCGAUGGAUUACCGUUGGCCUUAGAACAAGCUGCUGCUUACGUCAGUGCGUUAAAGUGCUCGGCUCAAUCGUACCUUGAGCAGUAUCGUAAACAAAAGUCGAUUCUUUUGAAUAGGAAAAGCGCCAAACCAUGCUCAGAGGUCUACAGUGAGGCACGCCUGGCAGUACAAACAACAUGGUGUCUGAAUUUCAGCUAUAUAGAAAAUGACGAAACGGAUGAAAGGCUUGGAAAGGCGGCGGCUUUCUUCAUGAAAAUUGCCACAUAUCUGUCCCCAGAUGAGAUACCCAUUGAGAUUUUAAAUGUGGGUGCCCCAGAGAUUGAACAUAAAUACCUGAAGGACCGCUUGAAAAUGCCAAUCGGUGCAGAACAAAUUGUUGAUUUGUUGCUUAGGUUUUCACUUUUCAAACGCAAGUCAGAUGAUAGCUUGAGUAUCCAUCGACUUGUUCAAGAGACUUUGAAAGAGCGUUAUAGUAAUGAAGGCGAAACUGAAAAGGCUUUUUCCUCUGCCGUACGAAUGUUGCACCAUGCAUUUCUCGACUGUAUUGGGGGGACAGACUUCCUUGUCGAUGUGGAUGCGACAGUGGAGUCUCUGAAAGAUAAGACAGGGUGGAGUGGCAAGUAUCUUGUCCAGCCGCGUAGCGCAAACAUUGUAGGGGCCAAUUUGGAGGUCCGACGAUGGAAACCGCUCUCCGCGAACGCUCUUCACCUUAUUCUUCAUCUCUUGGCAAAUUCAUGCUUGAAGCAUGAUUACCUACUCCAUGAGGAAACUGCCAGGAUAUUUUGCGAAGCAGCCUUCUAUUGCUAUUUUUUGGGAAUGAACAGUGAAGGAUACCGCUUACAACAACAAGUGUUCGACAUUUUGUGCGCAGUGAAAAAGUCCAUUUGUUUUUACAAAGGUGAUGAACUAAUGAAAGUAGCGAGAGUCCUAAGGCCCCGUUAUGACCCUGGUCUUCUUGUAUUAAAGUUAACAGCUCCGUCAGAAGAAACGACUGAAAAUGUCUUUGGCAGAACGGGUGUCAAGAUAGGCACCACUCAAAACAGCGAAUUGUUAGAAGGGAUUGAAAUGAUAGAACCAAAGGCGAGAGAAGCUUUCUCCAGGGGCGAUUAUCAAGCCUCGUCUGAUUUGUACACUGAGAUUGUUAACCUACCAGUUGCAGUAAAUCAACCUUGCGUUCGUCCACUUGGAACAAUUUUUUGUAACCGUGGUAUUGCGAAUAUGCAAUUGAAAAACGUUGAGACAGCUUUGGAAGACUUCAAUGCUUCUAUUUACGCAGACACUGAGCUAUAUCGUGGUUACUACUGGAAGACAUACGCACUUUGCAAACUCGUUGAAAGUGGUAGAACUGAGUUCACCAGCAGAGCCCAAGCCGCAGCAGCAGUACUUCAUUACAAAUUUGCAAAUUCCAAAGCAGGUGAUAUUCGAAAACUGCAACAUAAAUUUCAGAAAGUUUCAGGAUUACUUGAUAGAAUCAACUACAAGUUUGUUACCAAUGUUAACCAGCUGAAGGAAUCACAGAGACAGCUCUCUUUAGAACGAAAUUCAAAUGAUUCAUUUACAGUCAUUCUAGCCGAAGGGAGAUUUGAUUUGAAUAAGAUUGUUUUAUCUGACGGGUGUUAUUAUUUUGUCUGUCUUCCUGGAAGUUCCGCGGUGCUUAGUUUCAGCGAAGGUUUGUUUUUGUCAGAUGCGUCUUUUCUAUUUGAAAAUGUUCAUUUCGAGAAUUCUUCGCCCUCAGCAAACCGCGAUCAACGGUUGUCGUUUGAAGCAGCCGGUAGUACUGUAGAGAGAGAAGAGCUACUUUCAGUAACGUUAGGAAGAUCCCGUCUGGCCAGGAAGGAAGUGAGCGCCUCCAGUGAACGCGAACUUAAUGCUCUGGUAGAGGCUAAUGACGUUAAAUCAUUGGUCAUGGAACACUGUUCUCUCAAAUUUUCAAAUCGUGCAGGGGUAUUGGUGAGGGCACAUCACCGUUCGUUUCAGUGA